AUGGAAUACCCACAGUCUCCUGAACCCCCAGCGAAGAGGAGACGCUUCUUUGCCGCCUCGGACGACGAUGUGUUGAGCCAUCAGUCCAGCCCGGUGCUGCCCACCCCGCCAACGCAACCGAAGCAGCGAUUCUUCCAAAAUGUCGACGAUCAAUCACCCCAAAUCAAGAGCGAGGAUGCUGAACCCCCGUCUUCGCCUUCGAAACCACGUGGGCCACUCGUAGAACAGCCAGUCGACGAUGCCUCCAACCGAUCUGGCGCAUCUUCCAAUAUGCAGCGCGAAGAGUCCGCCAUGACCUUCGACCAGGAGACUUUUGAGAGCUUCAUAGGAGACAAGGUUACGGCGGAGGUGCUGGGUAUAAUUCGGGAUAGUUGCGACAAUAACCUCGAGCGAGCCGUCAACAUGUACUUCGAUGGCACGUGGAAGAACCUCAAGAAGAAAUCCCCGGCUCUCAGUGCUAUUUCUCGACCAUCACCGGCCGCGGCGAACGCCACCAAACAAGAGUCACCCAUGAAGGACGCACCAAAGCCCGUGAUUAGACGAACCAUGCCCGAGGCAAGAUAUAUCGGCUCCCUGGGCGUCGAGGGCUGGGCAACACGGAGCGGAGCAAACCUGCUGAACCACGGAGAUGUAGUCAGGAUUGAGCGGCAAAAGAUCCAACCGCCCAAGUCCAAGUUACACACCAAGUUCGGUGUCGCAAACGCUCCUCAGCGUGGCCCAGCUGCGGCUUCAAAGCGAAACGACGUAUUAGUGCGAUUUACAAACAGCAGCGGGUCCGAGAUUGGCAGGUUGGAGAAAGAAACAGCCGAAUGGGUCUCAACGUUGAUGGACCAGCAGAUAUGCAAGUUCGAGGGUACCUGCGUGUACGCCCCUGAGCGUUUGCGAACGAACGACACCGUCUUCAUUCAGUUGAAGUGUUAUCUGCUUGCAUCAGCAUUCCACCGGCCUGGUUUCAAGGUGGCGGAAAACAGGGCGACCAAUUUUUUCGAGGAGAAAGAGUCGACCGAAGAAAAGGAGCUGCGCCUUAGGCAAGUGGCGUUAGUAAAGCUCUUUUCUGAAAUCAACCUCGAACCUACGCGAGCUAAUGCGACUGCGUCGAAACACCAACGGCAAGGUUUGCUGCAGGCUGCAGAGAUGGAUGAGAAGAAGGAGAAAGAGCCUGCUAAGCCAGCCGACAGAGCGCCCGGAUCCUCGCCCCCUUCAGACGAGCAAGAGGAGGGUGAAGAGCUGGAGCAAGACCAGCUUGAUGCUCUUUACCGCAAGGCCCAGUCAUUCGAUUUCAACACACCCGAAGCGGAACCUGCAGAUACCUUUGCUAUGAAUUUGAGACCCUACCAGAAGCAAGCGUUGCAUUGGAUGAUGACCAAGGAAAAGGACCAGAAGAGCAACAGGGAGCCAAGCAUGCACCCUCUGUGGGAGGAAUACACAUGGCCACUCAAGGACACUGAUGAAAAGGAGCUUCCUCAAGUCCACGACCAGCAGCAUUUCUACGUCAACCCGUACUCGGGAGACCUCUCUCUCGAUUUCCCUGUUCAAGAGCAAAACUGCCUCGGCGGUAUCCUAGCCGACGAGAUGGGUCUCGGUAAAACCAUCCAGAUGCUCAGUCUAGUACACACCCACCGCUCCGACGUUGCGCAGCAAGCCAAGGCGACGGGCAGUGUUCCUACGUCCGUCAAUGAGCUUCCAAGGCUUGCCUCCAACUCAUCAAGUGUGCUAAAUGCGCCAUGUACAACACUCGUCGUGGCACCGAUGUCAUUAUUGGCACAGUGGCAUAGCGAGGCCGAGAAAGCCUCAAAAGAAGGCACUCUCAAGGCCGUUGUGUACUAUGGCAACGAAAAGGCCAACAACCUUCAGGUUGUGUGUUGCGCCGCAAGCGCAGCGUCUGCGCCUGACGUGGUCAUUACCAGUUACGGUGUGGUAUUGUCAGAGUUCAACCAAGUUGCGGCCAAGAAGGGCGACAAGUCGUCUCAUACCGGAUUGUUCUCGCUCAACUUCUUCCGCGUCAUCCUGGAUGAGGGUCACCACAUCAAGAACCGACAGUCGAAAACUGCCAAGGCGUGUUACGAAAUAUCUGCCGAGCACAGAUGGGUGUUGACUGGAACACCAAUCGUCAACAAGCUGGAGGACCUGUUCAGUCUGGUUCGUUUCCUUCGCGUGGAACCUUGGAACAACUUUUCGUUUUGGAAGACUUUUAUCACAGUCCCCUUUGAGUCCAAGGACUUUAUGAGGGCACUUGAUGUGGUACAGACUGUGUUGGAGCCUCUGGUUCUGAGACGUACCAAAGACAUGAAGACGCCUGAUGGCGAGCCGUAA